GAUCAAGACAACCAAACCAAAGGUGGACUGUAAUCUACUGGACUAUAUGAUAGACUUCAUACUAACAACUGCCAUAUAUGCAGCAUCAAAAGUUUCUGAAAAGAGGGGCAUUACCUUCACCAAGUAAAAGAGUGGAAGAUUCAUCUGGCCUUCAUCGGCCCCCAUGAGGUGACUCGAUGUAGAAUAAAUCAGCUUGCUUUAGGCCUGAAAUGACUGAAAUCUUCAUCUCAUUUACAAAUUUUCAGUUGAGAUUUCCUUUUGAGCCGAUAACCAGUGAGGAUUUUCUACAGUAUGAUCAGAAGUUUACACUGGACAUCACCACUGCACACGAUGAACUCCGAAUUUCUGAAAACAACAGAAAAGCAACGUGCCGUGAGAUAUCGCUGUGCGAACUGUGAACAAAAUGAAGAACCAGCUUUUCUGAGUACAACGCUGACAGACCAACCAAGCAAAACACUGAAGUGAGAAACUGCGCUGAGGAGACUUUACAAGACCAUUUAAAAGUGUACUGACACGCUGCAGUUUCUUAUAGUUGGACAUAGUUUAACUAACAGACACAAUGAUUAUGGAUCUUGAGAGUCAGUUUCUUGACGAAGGAGUGCUGCCCUUACCAGAGGUGAUGGUGUCGAGGAGGAAGGCCAGCUCCUCAAAGUCAGGCAUCUGGUGGGUGGCUGUGGCCCUGUGUGCCGCAGCUGCUGUCUGCUUCACGCUCUACAAGUCUCAGAACAAUCAGGAAGGUGGAAAUGAGCAAAGGCUCACAUUAAGAGAUCAUCUUUCAAAAGAAAAUGUUCCUUCCAAGGUUGCCAUCCAUUUAUCAGGUGCAUAUGACCCUGACGUGUCUAAGGACAACCUAGAUUGGAAAUUUGGAUUUGUUUCAGGUGGGUUGAAAUUAGUGGACAGAGAGAUCAUCAUUCCUAACGACGGCAUUUACUUCGUCUACAGCCAGGUGUCUUUCCACAUCAGCUGCAAGAAUGACAUACCUGAGGACCACAAAGUUGUGCAUAUGAGCCACGCAGUGUUCCACUACUCUGAGUCCUUCGGCAGCUACAAGCCGCUUUUAAGCGCAAUCCGCUCCGUCAGUGUGCAUGCGUCUAACCCUGAAGAUAUGUUAUACAACACCAUUUACCUCGGUGCGGCCUUCAACCUGCAAGCUGGAGACAAACUGCACACCAAAACCACCACAGAACUCCUGCCCAACGUCGAAAACGAUAUCACAAAGACCUUGUUUGGGGUGUUUGCUUUAUGAUAUGCACUCUAAAAAUGCGUAAAAAUAGGACACAAUCCACUGUAUGAAGGAACUUUCAGUUUUAAUUUUUUUACAGGUGUUUACCUGUAUUUUGCACUGCAUUGCGUUGUGUUUUAGACUUGUACGUAAAAUUAAUGGAUAAUGUCCAUUAUAAAUGGAUAAUUCACUAAUGACACAACUCUAUUUUAUUGUGGCAGUGGACACAAUUAAAAUAGUCUUAAUACUUUGGUUCCUGUUAGCGCUUACUUUUCAGAAACUUCCUGUUUGAUUUCUUUGCAUGGUAUGUCUCUGUAUUUUUUCUGUUUAAGCAAUAUUUGUAUAGUUCACUCACUGACUCUGCUCUUCCACUGUGUUUCUUGUUUAAAGCCUGUUUCAUAUAUUCAACUGCAGGACUGUCUUGGUGUGGUGGCGUCAGAUAUUGUUUGAAUAAAGCAACAAAUGAGUGAAUCAAAAACAU